AUCAAGCACCUAGGAAUGCCAACUGCUUCUACAAACAUUUGUGAAAGAAUGGGUCACUCUCAGGAGCUCAGUGAAUUCAAGCGUGGUACCGUGAUAGGUUGCCACCUGUGCAAUAAGUCCAUCCGCAAAAUUUCCUUGCUACGGUCAACUUCCGCCCCUGAGUGGUAUUAUAACAAAGUGGCAGCAACUGGGAACAACAGCAACUCAGCCACAAAGAUGUAGGCCAUGUGAAAUGACAGAGCUGGGUCAGCGCAUGCUGAAGCGCACAGUGCACAGAAGUCGUCAACUGUUUGCAGAGUAAAUAGCUAAAGACCUCCAAACUUCAUAUGGCCUUCAGAUUAGCACAACAGUGCGUGGAGAUCUUCAUGGAAUGGGAUUCCAUGGCCAAGCAGCUGCAUCUAAGCCUUACAUCACCAAGUGCAAUGCAAAUCUUCGGAUGCAGUGGUGUAAAGCACACCGCCACUGGACUCUAGAGCAGUGGAGACAUGUUCUCAGGUGUGAUGAAUCAUGUUU